AGGCCUUUCAUGAUGCCAAACCUCAUCCCUCCUAAGAUCCCAGAUGGGGAGAAAGUGGAUUUCGACGAUAUACAUCGUAAAAGGAUGGAAAAGGAUCUGAUGGAGCUUCAAACUUUGAUCGAGGUUCACUUUGAGAGCAGAAAGAAGGAGGAAGAUGAGCUCAUUCAUCUCAAGGAGAGGAUUGAAAAGCGCCGCUCUGAGAGAGCAGAGCAGCAUAGAAUCCGCAGCGAGCGAGAAAAAGAGCGACAGAAGCGUCUUGAGGAUGAGAGAACUCGUAAAGAGGAGGAGGAGGCCAAGAAGAGAGCAGAGGACGAUGCCAAGAAGAAGAAAACCCUCACCAGCCUCCACUUUGGAGGGUACAUGCAGAAGUUGACAGAGAAACGGAGCGGCAAGAGGCAAACUGAGAGAGAGAAGAAGAAGAAGAUCCUAAGUGACAGGCGCAAAUCUCUAGACAUCGAGAACUUCAGCCAGGAUAAACUCAAGGACAAGGCCAAUGAGCUGUGGGAGUGGAUGUAUCAGCUGGAGGGAGAGAAGUUCGACCUGCAGUAUCAGUUAGGCAGUCAGAAAUAUGAGAUUAACGUGCUGAGGAACCGUGUCAGCGAUCAUCAGAAAAUAUCAAAGAGGACCAAGAGAGGACUUAGGAAAUAAAUGCUGACAUGAGGAGUGAGCAGUGAAUCCACGAGCCGUUAUUGUACCAGCUCAAAAAGAAUCCUGGCUUUAGUGCCACACCCAGUCCCACCUGUCUCCCUAAUAAUACCAGUUCCCAUUGUAGACACUCCACCCCACUAUUUUCUCAUCCUUUGAAUUAGAUGUUUAAUGGUGUAAAUAAAACCUUAUUUCAGUCACUUGUUCCUCCUGU